AGAUUAGGUUGGGGGGACAAAGAAUAUGAAGUGCUCUUUUGACCAAGCAAGCAUGCCAAGAUUGUUUAGUAAACAUAGCUACUUGUAAAAUACCAAGAUCUCAACAAUUUAACCAUUACCAUCUAUAUAUCUGGUAGAAAUAAAUCGAAAAAGAGCAAUUUUUGCUCGAUAUCAUGAUGGAUACGGAGGGAAACCUUUCAACAUUCAUCAUAACGCUUUCCAUCAUGCUAUUUUCAUGGAUUUUCAUCCACAGGUUGAAACAGAGGAACUCAAAAGGUCCUAAAACCUGGCCGUUCUUGGGGGCCGCCAUCGAGCAGCUGGUGAAUUACGACAGGAUGCACGAUUGGAUGGUCGAGUAUUUAUCUCAGUCAAGAACUGUAGUCGUGCCAAUGCCGUUCACGACUUAUACUUACAUUGCAGAUCCAGCCAAUGUGGAGCAUGUCCUGAGAACAAACUUCAGUAAUUAUCCAAAAGGCGAAGUUUAUCAUUCAUAUAUGGAAGUCUUGCUGGGAGAUGGAAUUUUCAAUGCAGAUGGGGAGCUCUGGAGGAAACAAAGGAAGACAGCAAGCUUUGAGUUUGCUUCCAAGAAUUUGAGGGAUUUCAGUACUGUGGUUUUCAGGGAAUAUAGCCUUAAGCUCUUUGACAUACUAUGUCAUGCAUCUUACAGCAAUCAGGAAAUAGACAUGCAGGAACUUCUGAUGCGGAUGACUCUUGACUCAAUAUGUAAGGUGGGAUUUGGUGUGGAGAUAGGAACUCUGGUUCCUGAUUUACCAGAUAAUCAAUUUGCAAAGGCCUUUGAUAUGGCAAACACUAUAGUGACGCUCAGAUUUAUUGAUCCUCUAUGGAAAGUGAAGAAAUUUUUCAAUGUGGGAUCAGAGGCCGUGCUUGACCAAAGUAUUAAAACCAUUGAUGAUUUUACAUUCUCUGUCAUCAAAAGGAGGAAAGCUGAGAUAGAAGAAACCGAAGGAAUUAACAAAGAUGAAAAGGUCAAGCACGAUAUAUUGUCGAGAUUCAUUGAGCUUAGCAGAGAUCCCCAGAGCAACAUGACUGACAAAAGCCUCAGAGAUGUAGUUUUAAACUUUGUAAUUGCUGGCCGUGAUACAACUGCAACAACCCUUGCCUGGGCUAUCUACAUGAUAAUGACCCACAAAGAUGUAGCAGACAAACUUUACUCAGAGUUAAAGAGAUUUGAGGAAGAUCGUGCCGAAGAAGAGGGUAUCUCAUUAAUUAAGUAUCACAAAGAGAAUCCAGAAUCAUUUAAUCAGAAAGCAAUGCAAUUUGCAGGACUUUUAGGCUACGACUCAAUAGGGAAAUUAUAUUACCUGCAUGCUGUGAUAACAGAAACACUUCGAUUGUACCCUGCUGUUCCUCAGGACCCGAAAGGCAUCAUACAGGAUGAUGUUUUACCAGAUGGAACCAAAGUAAAGGCUGGAGGGAUGGUGACUUAUGUUCCAUAUGCUAUGGGAAGAAUGGAGUACAAUUGGGGUCCAGAUGCAGCUUCAUUCGACCCUGAGAGAUGGCUGAAAGACGGGAUCUUCCAAAAUUCAUCUCCAUUCAAAUUCACUGCAUUCCAGGCAGGACCAAGGAUAUGCCUGGGGAAGGACUCUGCAUAUCUCCAGAUGAAGAUGGCACUUGCUAUUUUGUGUAGAUUCUACGAAUUCAAGUUGUUGCCAGGGCACCUAGUGGCAUACAGGAUGAUGACGAUUCUCUCAAUGGCACACGGUUUGAAGCUUACAGUUUCGAGACGCCAACAAGAUUCUUAACUUAAACAUAAUAUCGACAGCUGAUGAAAAAUCCAAAGCUUUCAUGGGGAAGCAUAGAGAGACAGGGCCUGGCUUCAUCUCCUUUGAUAAAUUCUGUCAUUGUGUUCUAUUCUUGAUUAAUUUUGCUUAUAAAAUUAUCCGAGGAUUGUACUUAUGUUCAACAAAAA